GCCCGAGAAGCAGACUGUGGCCCAUGGGGCCCUCGGUGCUGCCAGCCUGGCUGCAGCCCAGGUAUAGGAAGAGUGUGUAUCUUUUCAUCUAUUACUUAAUUCAGUUCUGUGGCCACUCAUGGAUACUGGCAAACAUGACAGUCAGAUUCUUCUCAUUUGGGAAAGAUUCAAUGGUCGACACGUUUUACGCUAUUGGGUUGGUUAUGCGGGUUUGCCAAUCCAUUUCCCUCCUGGAGUUACUGCAUAUCUAUAUUGGCAUUGAGUCAAAUCAGCUUUUCCCAAGGUUUUUGCAGCUUACAGAGAGAAUUAUCAUCCUUUUUGGGGUGAUCACCAGUCAAGAGGAGGUCCAAGAGAAAUAUGUAGUGUGUGUUUUAUUCAUCUUUUGGAAUCUACUGGAUAUGGUAAGGUACACUUACAGCAUGCUGUCCGUCAUAGGGACAUCUUAUGCUGUCUUGACAUGGCUCAGUCAAACACUCUGGAUGCCAAUUUACCCUCUGUGUGUUCUUGCUGAAGCAUUCACCAUCUAUCAGUCACUGCCUUACUUUGAGUCGUUUGGCACAAACUCCACCAUGCUUCCGUUUGAUAUAUCUACCUAUUUCCCUUACGUGCUGAAGCUGUAUCUCAUGAUGCUCUUCAUAGGUAUGUAUUUCACCUACAGCCAUCUUUAUACGGAAAGAAAAGACAUCCUCCGAGGAUCUUCUGUCAAACAGAAGAAAAUGUGAGGCAGCCUGUUGCGCAGGGGACAAGAUUGGCUGACGGAUUAAACUGUAGUGAAUACAACACUGGGCCUCUGCUAGAGAAAAAGAACAUAGAACUGGACCGGUCUCCACCAUGGCGCCAUGUUCCGAAGCUACUGGGCUUUGAGAAAAGAAUUCCCAACAGGUGCAGUGUACAUUGCUUUACCAGGGCUGUGGGCGUCAUACAAGUUACGUUUAUAAUGAGUCGACUCUGAGUGUCUCCCUAUGAUGUUAGUGAAAACAGACUCAAUGGAGCAAAUCCAAUUGACUUGAGAAACCAGCUGAUUCACUUCUGCACUAGCAACUAACAGACGUCUAUGAAGGGGAUGUGGUAAGAUGUCCUCUUGGAUUCUAAGAUAACAUACUCUAUAGUGCCCUUAGAACCAUGAACAUUGCAUAUACCCAGAAAAUUAAACAUCUUCCUGUAUCUUA